AUGACAACACCUCUCCCCCAGGAACCUAUCUGCCUCCUCCGCCGCCUCAAAGACCUCGUCACCCUCUCAACCGCCUCCGGCCCCUCCAAGAAAUCAUACCCUUCCAUCAAGAGCAUCCCGCGCACAUCCCCCUCCCGCCUCGCAGCAGCAGCAACCGACGAUGCAUCAUCAUCCGCCGCCGCAGCAGAACAGCAAUCCGUCCUCUAUCUAGCCUAUGGCUCCAACCUAAGCGCAGAAACCUUCCUCGGCGCCCGCGGCAUCCGCCCACUCUCCCAAGUAAACGUCUCCGCGCCCGGUCUAUCCCUCGUCUUCGACCUCCCCGGCCUCCCCUACACGGAACCCUGCUUCGCCAACUCGGCGCCCCGAAAGAUCCCCAAACUCCCGGACCCGAGCGAUCCACCAAAGUUCCCGCCUGUGCCGCCCCUACCGCCUCCAGCCGAGUCGGAGCAGACGAACAAGGGUACGAGCACGAUACCGACAACACCAGACCUGGGCUGGGACAAAGGCCUCUUUGGCGUAGUCUACGAAGUAACACCCCAAGACUACGCCACAAUCGUCGCAACAGAAGGAGGCGGCUCUUCCUACAAGGACAUCCUCACCCCCUGCAUCCCGCUCCCGCCCCGCGUUUCCGUCCCCGAGAAGCCGCCCAUCGAUAUCCCGCGCCCGUUCUUCGCGCACACCCUCUUCUCCCCGUCCAUCCCGGAUGCCGAACCAGAGGAACCUGACACCACCUCCUCUUCCAACUACAACAACGACGACGACGACGACGACACACCAACACCCCCAACAGACCCCCGCAAAAAAUGGUACUACCGUUUCCUCCGCCCAACCCGCCGUCCCGACCCAGCUUACGCGCAACCCUCCCCCCGCUACCUCAACCUCAUCACCUCCGGCGCGGCAGAGCACGAGCUCCCCGACGACUACCAGCGCUGGCUGAACUCCCUCGUGCCCUACACGCCCACCUCGCGUCGGCAGAAACUCGCGCAGUGGCUGCUGAAGGCGCUCUUCCUCCCCGUUUUGUUGGUGUUCUUUGCGCUGAACAAGAAGGUGGCAAAUAAGGAGGGGAAAGUACCUGUCUGGUUGGGCGUUACGUUGGGGGUGGUGUUUAAUUUGCUUUGGAUGGUAUAUGAUGCUGUCUUGAGGCCUGUUUUUGGGGAUGGGGAAAGGACGCAGGAGGAGGAUGGGGACGGGGGUGUAUAUGGGAUUCACGUGUGGUAUACGUUGUAG